GGGUUGGCGGGUGGACGCAGCGGGGUUAGUGCACAAUGUGUCGGUGGUUCGAGCCUGGCCGCUCGGCGCCUUCAGACAAAGCUCAGCUAACAGGCUAACGGCUUAUUAGCUAGCAGACAGCGAGCGGUAACAUCUGCACAGAUUGUUCGUUCCGGCGGUAAUCUGCUCGGUGUGCGGCGGGAGAGCGACUUAACGGGGACAUAUCCCGUUCAGCGCGCACACAGACGCCUCCACUGCCGCCGGUAACCGUAUUAAAGACAGGUACGGGGUCGGUCGUGCGAUGGGAGUUUGUCUCCUCGGGGGAAACAUUGAGCUGAAGAAUCAACAUCAACAACAGCUGAACUGAACACUAACACACACACACACACACACACACACCUGUGUGCCCUCACACACACACACACACACACACACACCCCCCCCUCGGACCACAGAGGGAGUUGUUUUUUCACCUUCAGGUCAGACACUGCCGUCCCACGGUGCAUUGCUGCGUCACCGUCGUCCACCAUGUCGGACGCCCCCCGAGGCUGCGCCCCCAGCCCCCCUACCCUCACCAACCCGCCCCCACCUGAGGUCACUAAUCCCACCAAACCCGGCAGGAAGACCAACCAGCUGCAGUACAUGCAGAACGUGGUGGUGAAGACUCUGUGGAAGCAUCAGUUCGCCUGGCCGUUCUACCAACCCGUCGACGCCAUCAAGCUCUGCCUGGCGGACUACCACAAGGUGAUCAAGAACCCGAUGGACAUGGGAACCAUCAAGAAACGUCUGGAGAACAAUUAUUACUGGAGCGCCAGUGAGGCCAUGCAGGACUUCAACACCAUGUUCACCAACUGUUACAUCUACAACAAGCCCACAGACGACAUCGUCCUCAUGGCUCAGGCUCUGGAGAAAAUCUUCCUGCAGAAAGUCGCUCAGAUGCCUCAAGAGGAAGUCGCUCUGCUGCCUCCAGCUCCCAAAGGCAAGAACAAGAGCAAACAGCCCGCUGCUGCUACUACAGUGAGUCAGCAGGCGGAGUCUUCAGCCUCCCCUCCCCCCUCCUACCCCUCCCCCUCCCCCUCUCAGACACCUGUCAUCUCAACCACGCCCACACCUGUCCAGACCACGCCUCCUGUCUCUGCCCCGCAGCCCCCGGCAACCAUGAUGCCGUCUGCACUGCCUGUCGUCAAGAAGAAAGGUGUGAAGAGGAAAGCCGACACCACCACUCCAACCACGUCCGCCAUCUCCGCCGGUCGUGCCGACUCUCCGUCCGCUCAGGACACCAAACCGGCCAAACUAGGCUCGUCCCGCCGUGAGGCCGCCGCCCGCCCCGCCAAGACACGCAGGGAGACGGGAGAGGAGGUGGCGGUGGGCGAGGUGGGAGCUGGAGGAGGGGGAGCCGGGGGGAGGAAGGGCAGUAAGCUGGGCGAGCAGAUGAAACACUGCGACGCCAUCCUGAAGGAGAUGCUGUCGAAGAAACACGCUGCCUACGCCUGGCCCUUCUACAAGCCGGUGGACGCCGAGGCGCUGGAGCUGCACGACUACCACGACAUCAUCAAACACCCCAUGGACCUCAGCACCGUCCGGAAAAAGAUGGAUAAAGGAGAGUACAGCGAUCCUCAGAGCUUUGCGACCGAUGUCAGGUUAAUGUUCUCCAACUGUUACAAGUACAAUCCUCCAGACCACGAGGUGGUGGCCAUGGCCCGCAAGCUGCAGGACGUGUUCGAGAUGCGUUUCGCUAAGAUCCCAGAUGAGGGCCUGGAGGCAUCGGUCCCAUCUACAACGCCAUUGGUCAGUAAAAGCACCGCCUCCUCUGACAGCAGCAACAACUCCUCCUCCGACGAAUCGUCCGACUCAGAGGAGGAGCGAGCCACGCGAUUGGCUGAGCUACAGGAGCAGGUUGGUGCUGCCGACCAAUCACAGUUGAAGGCGGUGCACGAGCAGCUGGCCGUCCUGUCCCAGGCUCCGGUUAGCAAGCCAAAGAAGAAGAAAGAAAAGAAAGACAAGGAGAAGAAGAAAGAGAAGGAGAAAGACAAAGGGAACAAGGGCAAGAUGGAGGAAGAGAAGAAGCCCAAGGCCGCCGCUCAGCAGCCUAAACCAGCCAAUCAGAAGAAAGCCCCGGCUAGAAAAGCCAACAGCACGGUGACGGCCACGAGGCAACCGAAGAAAGGCAGUAAGGCGUCCGGCGGCGGCUCAGCCAACGGAGACGACGGCGAGGAAUCGUCCCUGCCGAUGUCGUACGACGAGAAGCGCCAGCUGAGUCUGGAUAUAAACCGGCUGCCGGGGGAGAAGCUGGGCCGCGUCGUCCACAUCAUCCAGUCCAGAGAACCGUCGCUGAGGGACUCCAACCCCGACGAGAUUGAGAUCGACUUCGAAACCCUCAAACCCUCCACACUCCGAGAACUGGAGCGCUACGUCAAAUCCUGCCUGCAGAAGAAACAGAGGAAGCUACUGCAGAAGGCAGCAGGAGGCGGGGCCUCAGGGGGUGGAGCUAGUCGUUUGAGUGGCAGCUCCUCUUCCUCCUCUGAUGACAGCUCCUCAACAGGAACCUCCUCUUCCUCCGACACAGACUGAACACACACACACACACGUUACUGAAUACACACACAGAGGUUUAUGUACACACACAAACACACAGGAACUCAAUCUACACACACACACACAUCCAUGUAAACUUCCAUCCUGAACAAACAUUCACACAAACAAAAGACAGAGAUACACACUCUGAACUUCUUACACACAUACACAUAUAUAAACCCCACACACACACACACACACACACACACACACACACACACACACACGCCCAGACUUGGAGACUGUAUGUAAAUAGGCUGACCUGUUUUUUAGCUCCUAGUGUCGUUUUUUUUUUCCCUGGAGGAACGCAAACAGAAGAGAAGAAGAAGAAAACAACUACUUCCCAGUGAGAGGAGGAGGGAGAGAGACAGGCUGUCUGUCUGUCUGUCUGUCUGUCUGUCUGGGAGUCAUCGUAUUGAUCCUCUCUGAACACUCGAGCCUCGCUGCUGUGAAGGAUUUCUUCUUCUUCCUCUUCCUGGACGGCCGGCUGUGACCCCUGACCUCUGAACACAUUCCAGAAGCAUCUAUAAGCAUCAUGGGAGAGGAGGAGGUGAUCUCAGUGGGUUUAACUCCGAUUGGAAGUGUUUCCUCAGUUUGUCUACGGGGUGGCAACCUCUGUCAGACCAAAUGCAUCAUGGGACACUUAGACUCCCCACUGGAGCCCACAGAGCAGUUCUCAUCAGAUCUGAAACCAGUGAAACUGUUCAGACUCAUUAAUCAUGUUAAAAUAGCCAUUGAUCGUACAAGCUUUGCUUUCCAGACGUUCACAUCGGUUUCAGAACCUGACGAAUCGACUGAUGGAGACCUGAAAGUUGCUGCAGAGAGAAAACAGUUGUGUUUGAUCCUGAUUCAACCUGAGAGCAGAGAGUGUUUUUACUUUAGUUAAAGAGCUUCUGGACAUCUGUCAUCAGUUUAUUCACUCUAGUGUCCUCUAGACCAAAACAUGACUUUAAUUAUUGUGUGGCCUCGUAGUGGAGUCCAACGAGCCGUGAGAUUGAGUCUGAUCUGGUCCUUCGUACGGUCCCUGGGUUCAUGUUACGUUGCACCGAUUCAAACUGAAAUGUACAGUUGAAAGUGGAGGUGUGAUCGGUAGUGCUGCCCCGACUAAAGGACGCCCUCGUCCACGAGUAGUCUUUAGAUAAAGCCGCGUACAGUUAGCGUGGCAGCAGUGGUGCAGCGGUAAGUAACUUCCUGUGUUACAAGAGAAAAGGUCCCUGAUGUUUCUGUGACUAUCAGACUGAUGAAGUGUCCACUGAGACUCUCAGAGACUGUUGGGGGCCGGCUCUGGUGAUUGGUUGUCGGGGUAACGGGGCUGAACACGUGACUGCGUGAUGUUGAGUUACUCUUUAAUGUCAGGAGUCUCACCACGAUAGUGACUGUAAAGGAUUCUCUCUGCAACAGGUUUCUGAAAGUCUUUUUAAUCUGAAAGGAAAUCAAUCACAAUGAUCAGCUGUGUUCUAUGAAAACCCUCUGAGACCAAACCUGUCCUCUGCUGGUCCUAAACCCAAACCCACGACCUACUGUCUGUCCCCGGGGUCAACAGUGCUCAGACCCCCGACCCCUGACCGGCGCCGGCUCUGUCAGCAGAGAGCAAGACAAACUCGUUUUAUUUUUUUAACACUACAUUUCCUUUAUUUUUGUUUCUUUGAUUUUUCAGGUUGUGUGCUGAACUUGUUUGUGUCUUAUAAGGUUCUCUAUAUAAAAUGUCUUUGUACCGCUGUCCUGUCCCCCCCCCCCAUACCACUCUGUUACAUCAUGGCCUCCGUCACACAGUGACAUGGCGGUAACGUACCGUAACAGCCUCACCGAUUCCUGUCAGAGUCCAAACACCAAAAGUGAGGAAGAUUCCCGAUCAGACGCAAAGGUCUCAAAUCUUUUAAAGUUUAUUAUUUUAGCUGCAUUUUAAGGAAGCUCGCGCGGUCCGAACAAAUAACAUCAACAUCUGCUGGAAAAAUAAAAGCUUUGAGAAAAGUUCCCCAAAAAAUAUAACCAACACACGGAGAGAAAAACAGCAGUUUAUAUUUUAACUCUUUAAAAUGUCCAAAAUAAGAACUGACCUCUGCGAGGAGGCGGAGGUCAGUUUGUGUUUCAGUUUUCAACAUGAAGUAAAAAUAAAACCCGAGUUCACGUUUCCGUCUGUUUUCCUCCUCUGACCUCACCUGUGUGUUCUCCGUGUGUUUGACCUUUGACCUCUGCACACAGCUCGUACAGUACCUCCUAUGUGAUUGGUCAAAGCUUCUGGUUGGUAUAGAUUAUUGAGGUUAAACCUAUUGAAUCCUGUUUAUUGAUUAAUGAUGCGUUCAGGUUCAGCAGGUGAUAAUGAUUGAUCGAUCUGAUAGGAAGGAAUCUGAUCAUUGAUUUCUACAAUCUGAGGAUUUUCUGUGUUUCUGAAGCUUUCUGCCAAACUUCAUGGACUUCAUCAGCUCCGUCGUCAUGGAGACGCUUUUGUUAUAACGUGAUUUGAGUAUUUUGGUCGCAUCUGAACCGAAACGUUCACUUGUUUGUGCCGGUGUCGGUUUUAUUUUGGACAUUUUACAGAUUAAUCAAUAACUGAUCGAUGUAAACAGAAUCAAUAAGGAUAAAAACACACAGACGUCCUCCCGGUGUGACAGACAGAUGGACAGUUGGACAGCUUGUUGCCACAGUAACCCUCCUCUGUUUGUUUUUAGUUGAUGGUCGAGCUUUGAUGCUAAUAGUUAAUUUUUGUAUUUUAAUAAGAAAAAGGAAAAAAGUGAUUUUAUGUAUUUGCAUGCACUCCGGCCGUACGUUCUUUCUUCCGUAUGUUUGAGCACUGUAUAGUAGCUGUAUAGUAGCUGUCUGAGGUUUAGAUCGAACUCCGCUCGAUAGAGUAGAGACACCGAGAGAGAGACAGAGAGAGAGGACGAACCGACGAAAAACCAACAAGUGAAUUAUUUGAUGUAAUUACUGAUAUGGGAUCCUUAUUUUCUGAGUUCCUUUGUUUUCAUAAAUAAACACAUAAACUGA